CUGCUCGGCCACCAGCUCCGGCUUCGGUUCCCCCUCCCAGAGCCCCUUCCCCGGAGCGGAGCCCACCCGAGGGCCCCUCUCCCGCCCCCCCCCCCAGCCCAGCCACCCGGCCAGAACAUCAGCCCCGGGGGGCAGACCCCCUCCAGCCUGCCUCCCGCCAGCCCAGCCCUGCCAGAGCCCCCCCCCCACAAAGCAUGAAUCUCUUCCGAUUCCUGGGAGACCUCUCCCACCUCCUAGCCAUCAUCUUGCUACUGCUCAAAAUCUGGAAGUCCCGCUCUUGUGCCGGGAUUUCAGGGAAGAGCCAGGUCCUGUUUGCUGUGGUGUUCACCGCCCGAUACCUGGACCUCUUCACCAACUACAUCUCACUGUACAACACCUGCAUGAAGGUGGUCUACAUUGCCUGUUCCUUCACCACAGUCUGGAUGAUUUACAGCAAGUUCAAAGCCACUUACGAUGGGAACCACGAUACAUUCCGGGUGGAGUUCCUUGUUGUUCCCACGGCCAUCCUGGCGUUCCUGGUCAACCAUGAUUUUACCCCUCUAGAGAUCCUCUGGACCUUCUCCAUCUACCUGGAGUCAGUAGCCAUCCUGCCCCAGCUGUUCAUGGUGAGCAAGACGGGGGAGGCCGAGACGAUCACCAGCCACUACUUGUUCGCGCUGGGCGUCUACCGCACGCUCUAUCUCUUCAACUGGAUCUGGCGCUACCACUUCGAGGGCUUCUUCGACCUCAUCGCCAUUGUGGCGGGCCUAGUCCAGACUGUCCUCUACUGCGAUUUCUUCUACCUCUACAUCACCAAAGUCCUGAAGGGGAAGAAGCUGAGUUUGCCGGCAUAGCCCUGGGCCCGGCCAUCCCUCUCCUCGGCGGCCCGCGAGAGGUGGAGGAAGGCAGCAAACAACGAAGAGCCUUCCCGUCCAGGGGUGACUUUUUAAAGAACCAACCUCUCCGCACUCCCUGGCCCCCCUCCUGCCGGGUUUCAGGGGGGCGGUGGAGGACCCAAGUCUUGGGGAGCUCAGGACCUGGGGUGUUUGUAGUUUUUUGCCUUUUAGAGAAGAAAAAAAAAAAUCUUUCCACUAUUUAGUUUUUGAUUCUGAUGACUCCUUUCUCUUCUACUCUCUGGCCCCUGAUUUUUAUAAACUGUUUUUGAGUGUCCUGUGGGGUGGGGCAGGGUCGGAGAUCUUUUCCCUCCCCCAAAGCCCCUCGGCUCCCUUGCAGACCCUAACCCCCAGCCCUGCCCGUUGCCAAACACUAAACCUGCACACACCCACCUGUCUGACCUCCCAUCGUGGCCAAGAACGCAGCCUCCCCACCAAACCCCCCAAAGUUCAGGAUUGGGGAGAGGGAGGAGGGGAGGGACGGUCUCCCUGACUUUUCAACAUAAUUUUUUUCCAGAGUUUGGGGUUUUUUGGUCUUGUCCUCAUUUUUUGACAAUUUAGCAGGGGACGAGGGGGCCAGACGUGGCAAACGGGGUUGGCCUGAGGGUCACUGUGGCUCAACAGCCACAUUUUUGUACAGAAUUGAUGGUUGAUUCUUUGUUCUCUUGAAAUAAACCGAGGAAAAUGAUGCCUCUUUCGCUA